CAGUUCAUUCAUCCUUGCGUAUUAAACCCGACAACACCAGUGCACACAUAUACAUAUCCGCGUCCAUCAGUGGCACCCGCUCUCUGCUUCCUAGAGAACCGGAGAGAUCGGAAGAGAGUUGUCCUUUGUACCUUUUGUGGCAAUGAUGUUGACGAACUGUGCGAGAUCGACAGGAACAUUAUACUGUGAUGAUAGCCGUUGAGAGGCGGUGGUGAAAAUUUUGCAAAAAUGUUAUCCUUUACUCGAGUGCACAUCUAAGGAUAUAGAAGCAUUUCCUAAUCAUGAAGGAAGUUAUUUUCUCGAUCCGGGACUGAAAAGAAGUUACUUGCCGUCCAUUAUUUUGGUGUAAACAGAUAGUGCGAUUCUGAAAAACGAGAAUUGAAAACUAAAUUUUUCAAGGAUUCUCGGGUUACGAGGGUGGUUAAACGUGAAAAAUACCUUUGAAAAUGUCUACGGUCAGUGAACAGAAUUGUGAUGGGCAGCUUCAAGCCGAAAUUGAGGUACUGAAGAACGCAUUGGCUGAUAAGCAUUCGCAGCUGUUGGCCAUGGAAAACGUGUGUCUGCAGGAAAGUGAUCGGCAGGUCGAGCUGGAGGACAGCAUCAUUGCCUGGCAGGACAAGUACGAGCGGCUGUACGAGUCACACAAACGCGUCCAGAAGGUUAAUCAGAACCUGGAGGAUAAACUGCUAAAGUUGGUCGAUCGGAACUCUGGCGAACGGGCGCAGCUGACCAGUGAUGUUGCCACGCUGAGCGUCCGCCUGGCACAGGCAAACUAUAAUAUUCAAAGUCUGAAACGGGAAAUCGAACGGUACAAGACAGAUAUGAGCGUUGCGAUCCAGCUAUUGCAGUGCAAACCAGACAGUUUCGUAUCACCAAAGCUCUCUUCGCUUCCAAUUGAAAUUCAAUCGAAGGUCGCCACAUACAUGCGUCUCGAUACCAAUUCCCAUUCCGACUCGGAGGGCAGCACAAGCGGAGUGGGAGUAGCGACUGCCAGCUCAUACCACGUGCUACCGGCUUCCGACAGCCCCCCACCGAUGUGUCCAUUCCCGCCCACUGCCAUGGUCUAUUCGAUGCGCGGACUUGACGCGAACCAGUCUUCGUCACAGGAUGGUGGAGGCACUGGAGGUGGUGGUGGUGGUGGUGGAGGAGGAGGAACAGGAGUAGGAGGAAGCGGCGGAGCAGUAGUUGGAAAGCAUCAGUCUCAGCAGGACUCGUUGUCGCUAGCCAACAUGAACAGCGCCGACAGUCUGCUUGGCGGCACCGGCAGAGGCAUUCGUGGCGACAGUAAUGCCUUGUCCCCAUCGAUGAUGGCAAAGUUCCUCGAAGACGAGCUGAAAUCCAGUGAUGCAUUGUUAAACUCUCCGGCCAAACAUUGUGAAACUUGUGUGUGCACCAGAAGUAGCGCCUCGCUGACCAGUGGGGCACUGAUUUUAGCCGACCUACUGGGAGACGGUCAGAAGCAGUACAGCGUCGGAACACAAACCGUCAUUAAGGGAGAGACCAACAAUUCAUUGUGCUUGCGAUGUAACAAUAACCUGAAUUCGCCGUCCCACAAUAAUAGUCCAUACAUUAUGAAAUUGAUCAAAUCUAGCGACAGUGUUAUAUCGGAAACCAAGAGUAGUGUGUCGGAUUUCCUCACAACACCGGAUAAAACUUCACCAAAUAACGGUAGCAGUGGUGGUCAAAUACCUCUACAGCCCACCAAAAAGGACGAUUUGAUGGUGAAUCCGAUUCUCGGUCAUCACAGAAUCAGUGACCGAACAAACGGAAAUUACAACAGCACUUCUCCAAACUCAGAGCAACCGGUGCCAUCAUCGACGACCCUUUUAGGUUUAUCCAAAAGCAAUACCAUGCCCAUCGCUGGCAGCGGAAAACAAGCCCCUGGAGGCGUAAGCAAAAAACCUCUGGAUGUUUCGAAGAAUAAAAUCCAAAACUCCGUUGCAAACUCGCUGGUCGGAAACAAAUACAGUAAUGAUUCUCCCUCGUACAUCAUCAAGGAUAUGGAUCAGAUGAGUGGAAGUCUGCAGACGCCUAAAUCUGGCGUUGAUGGCAGUGCAGGUCUGGAACAUAUCGGUGGAUCCAAUAAAAUUACGAGCAGUGGAAGAGGUAGCGGUAUGUAUCACGCGGUUGGCAGCACAAACAGCUUGUGGAGUAGAACCAGCAGCAGAGAUCCGGAGCGAGACGGGGCCAGAAUAUUCGAAAAUUUCAAUCGGAAUCUCAUCAAAACUAUUAAGGCCGAGAAUCCCAAGAUGUCUGGGCCAAGAAUAUGUGCACUGAGAAUUCAAAAUGGUUCGAGUAACAUAUUGCUCGACAGCUUGCAGGAUGACGAUGCUGCCGAUAGUACGGAACACUUACUGGAUACUAAAUUGACAGCACCGGUAAUAUACACUCGGAGAGCCAAGUUUCUCGAUGAAGAAUUAUUGCUGGACGACGAUCCGUCGAUUGGCUUGAAUGGUGCAAUCAAGACGACCAGCCUUCCGACGGCAAGCUCUAACAGUGUAACCAAUGUAGGUACUAUAGGGGAGAGCAAAGCUGUCACAUCCACUGGCAAUGGAACAUCGGGUGAAGGUGUAGGAACAGAAGGAAAAAAUUACAGCGAGAAGAUGACAGGCAAUGAUAAUACUUCAAAAGAUAUUUGCAAUAUGAGCACGACGACGUCUCCGCAUUCAUCUGACCGACUGUGCACAAUAGGUGAGGAAGUGAACAAUCUCCUACUGAACACGAAAAUAAGCUCGAACGUAAUUGCCAACAAAACAAGAUUGGAUAUUAAUGUGAAUAAGCUAGAUGGAAUAGACAUUACUUCGAAGAAAUCCUGCACUCAGUCGAGCUCCAUUUCCAGCGAAAUCGACAUCCAAGAAAGCGCGAUGCUCAGACGGCAGCAGCUGUCACGCGUCGCGGAAUGGGUACAAAAUAAUUCCAAACUCAGUAAUCCAGAGAAUCUCAGUAAUACAGAGUCCGAUAGUGAAAAUCUAGCACUUGCAUCAAGCACAUCGCUCAUAAUAGCUGAUAGUUUGAACAAUAAUGGGCCCAGCAAAGGAAUGCAAAUCGUGGAUACAAAAGGCGUUCAUAAUAAUGACUCAAAACUAGUAACUGCUAAAAUUAGCCAUAGUACCAAUAGUAUCAAUUUAGCACAGCCUGCACCCAUCGAUAUCAUUGUUAGUCAUAGCAAUUCCUACAAUAAUAAUUAUAUCCUCACCGGCAACAACAGCAACAGCAACAUCACUACCGCUAGCAUCAACAAUACAUUUGCUCAAGCCAACAGUAUUAAUAUAACCGAAGCUGCAAGCAUCAGAGGACGCAGUCUCGCUAGUUUCAAACCAGCAGCUGCCAGUGCCGCUUAUUUGGAUUACAACAGUAAUAAUCAACUGCUAGAUAGUAAGCUUUCGCUACUCGAUUGCUCUAGACAACAGCAACAGCAGCAGCAUCAUGAAGAGGCAUUAUUUGAACAGAAUCGGGACGAGUGUCAGGACGACAGCAGUAGUGUAGAUUUGGCUCAAAUGGAAUACAACGUCAAACAGUUUUUGCUAAAGCAGAACGAAUGGUCGUCUAUCACGAGGAGACUGUCGUCCUCUGGCGUUGCGGGAAACACCGAUCAACAGCAGCAGCCUCACGCGGCGCCGAUAGUUGACGAACCGCUGAAGAAACCGAACGUAACCGCGAUACAGGCGAGACAUCAGUUAACCAGCACCAGUAAUGGCGUCUCGAAGGGAAACUUUCCCGGCACUGCCGUGGCACAAACAGCUCAGUUCCAUUUGAAUAAGUACACGAUAAACCCGCACAGGACCGAAACUAACUUGUAAACGCUGAGUCCGUAGGACUAGGAUAAGUAGAUAAAAAUGGUGUUCCUGGCAGGGCAGUGCCGGUGCUGAGUGUAACAGUGAAAAACUUGGAAGGGAUGCGAAGUUAAUUAAGUUAUUUGGUACUUGAGUGAAGUUUUAUUACGUAAAUUUUCGAAUAUGCAAAGCAGAACGUUAAUUCUUUAUGUUGUUUCAUGAUCAAUUCCAAGUUUUGACGAUAAAAUUUAUUUGUAAGCAAUAUUUUCGUAAAUUUAGUUUACAGAAUUUUGACAUUAUACAACAUUUAGUAUAGUUUUCGGAUGCAUGUACUCCAACAAAAGAAUAUUAUCCACGAAAAGAGAACGAUAACUAUCAUUUUCCAAUGGACCCUACCAGAGGUAACGUCAGUAGGUCAACAACCUUACUUACUUAGAUGCCUAUGUUGGUCGAUUCAGCAGAACAAUUGGAUGAAAUCAAGUUGUCGCCACGAGAGUUUCGCAUUAACAGUCUGGAUCUGCCUAUUUUACACUAUCCCUGCGGAUUCCUGUCGAGUGCCUCCGUGUAGAUUUCGUUUGCUGCUUCCCUCACUUAACUACUUAGUGUCUUGCCGUCCUAAGACAAAACCUGUUGAACAAAGUUUCUCCAGUUAAGUUGAUUGUGGGCUACCGCUCUCCAAUUCCUUGGACACCGAGUACUCUCCGCCAGGUCUCGCUCCAUCUGGUCUAACCAUCUUGCUCGCCGCGCUCCUGGUCAUCUUCUACCGGAUUUGAGGUAAACACCAUCUUUGCAGGGUAGUUGUCCGGCAUUCUUGUAACAUGCCCUGCCCGUCGUAUCCGUCCAGCUUUAACUACCUUUUGGAUACGGGGUUCGCCGUAGAACUAAACCAUGAACUCGGUUCUUCCUUCACCUCCUUACUCCGUUCUCCUGUACGCCGCCGCAGAUCGUUUUUAGUACUCGUCUUCCAAACACUCCGAGCACUCGCAGGUCCUCCUCAAGCAUUGUCCAUGAAACAUGGACAUGGCCCGUAGAGAACAACCGAUCUAAUUAGCGUCUUAUACAGAUUACACUUUGUACGGGGGCUUGCUUACUUACUUAGGUGGCUUGCCGUCCUAAGACAAAGCCUGUUGAACAAAGUUUCUCCAUGUAACUCGGUUGAGGGCUACUGCUCUCCAAUUCCUCGGACACCGAGUGCUCUCCGCCAGAUCUCGCUCCACCUGGUCUAACCAUCUUGCUCGCUGCGCUCCUGGUCGUCUUGUUCCUACCGGAUUUGAGGCGAACAUCAUCUUUGCAGAGUAGUUGUCCGGCAUUCUUGCAACAUGCCCUGCCCAUGGUAUCCGUCCAGCUUUAGCCACCUUCUGGAU